AUGCAGAGCACUGCUCUCACUCUUUCUCCUUUACCUCCAUUGUUGAGGCGUUUAAAUAAGAACUCAAAUCGCAGAUGUACUCUGGUUCCAACAACUUCUUUAAAGCCAUCACACCUCCACACUUCCAUCAAUGGACUUUCAAUUCAAAAAGCUUCUUUGCUUUCUUCUUCUUCCUCCUUCAAUGCUUCUCGAAUCUCUGAGUCAUUGCUUAUUUCAGAAGGAAGAUAUGAUAGUUUUAGGGUCAGAGCCCAACAGGUUCCUGAAAACAUGGGUGAGACGAAGAGCUCUACCGGUUUGGGUACGAGCUUGAAACUUGGAGCCAUGUUUGCAAUUUGGUAUAUUUUGAAUAUCUACUUCAACAUUUUCAACAAGCAGGUUUUAAAGGUGUAUGCAUUUCAAGAAACAGUUACAGCCUUCCAAUUAGGGUGUGGAAUUCUGAUGAUCCUUAUAAUGUGGGGUUCAAAUAUCUACCGUCGACCAAAGCUUACUCGUUCUCGGCUUGCAGUGAUCAUUCCAUUGGCCGUAGUUCACACUCUUGGCAACCUUUUGACCAAUGUUAGUGUUGGCAAGGUUAAUGUCUCAUUCACUCACACCAUUAAAGCAAUGGAGCCCUUUUUCACUGUCUUGUUCUUUGUUCUAGUUCUUGGAGAGUGGCCUAGUUUUUGGAUGGUGUCCUCCCUCGUACCAGUUGUAGGUGGAGUGGCAUUAGCAUCAUUCACUGAGGCAUCUUUUAAUUGGAUUGGUUUCUGCACUGCAAUUGCUUCCAAUGUCACUAACCAAUCGCGCAAUGUGCUUAGCAAAAAGUUCAUGGUUAGAAAUGAGGAGACAUCGGACAAUAUCAAUAUUUUCUCAAUAAUAACCAUAAUUUCGUUUAUUCUAUUGGUUCCUGCUGCCAUUUUAUUGGAAGGUGUCAAGUUCAGUCCAUAUCUACAAUCUGCUGCAAAGCAAGGUUUGAAUAUUAGAGAGCUAAACUUAACAUUUUAG